AUGAGCUUGAAAGAAGUAUUCGAACAACAUCCAUGGAGGUCAUUUAAGAAAUUCAAUGAAGCUGCAAAGAGUUGGGGAUUUACUAACAGAGCUGAAGUGAAAAGGUUCUUUGACAAAAAUGUUGUACAUCAAACAAAAAUAAACCCUUACGACUACUUUUUACCAAUUUACUCCAACACUCCUGACGCAUACCAAUUUGACACUCUCAUUCAAAGCAGAAAAGGAGGACAUAAACCAUUCCUCAUCUUCAUAAAUGUUAACACUCGUAAAGCAUAUGCAUAUCCAAUGAAAAAUAAAGGAACUCGUGAAGUGUUAAGAGUUUUACAAAAGUUUGUAGCAGAACAUAACCCAAGUACUUUAACAUCAGACCAAGACAGUGCAUACCUCAGCAAUGAAAUCACAGAAUUUCUCAUUAAGCAUAACAUAACUCACUACACUACUGAAGACCAUAACCAUAACAUACUCGGCAUCAUAAACCGCUUCAUAAGAACGCUCAGAGAUUUAAAUCAAGAGCGAGACUUUACCGAAGAAACAAUGAAACAUUUUCUCGAAGUAUAUAAUUCCUCAACACAUUCUACAACAGGACAUACACCAAAUUCAAUGACACAACAACAAGAAGAAAAGUAUAUACAAA